UAACUAGAAACUAGAAGAAGAAAAAUAGGUUAACGGUACGAAAUUUCGACCAUAACACGAAUACUGGAUUAAAAUACAUGUUUUUUUUAUGUUCAUUCAUUUUUAACACCAAAUAUAAUGAUUCGAUGAAAAACUGCUGAUCUGUUUCUGAGAAAGAGAGAGAAAGGAAUUGUAUCAUGUCAGGUGAUAAAUCUUUUGAUGAUUUAAACUUGAAUAAAUGGAUAAUUAGACAAUGUUCCACUAUAGGGGUCAAGUCUCCCACCCCUAUACAGAUACACUGUAUUCCCGAAAUAUUACGAGGGGUUGAUUGUAUUGGAGCAGCCAAAACAGGAAGUGGAAAAACUUUGGCAUUUGCUUUGCCGAUCAUACAAAAAUUAUGUGAAGAUCCCUAUGGUAUAUUUGCAUUAGUACUGACACCAACCAGGGAACUUGCUUAUCAAAUAGCUGAUCAGUUUGCCAUUGUGGGAAAACCAAUAAAUAUUCGAUGCUCAGUUAUUGUUGGAGGUAUCGACAUGGUUGAACAAGGUAUCCAGUUGUCAAGGCAUCCGCAUAUUGUAGUAGCAACCCCUGGUCGAUUGGCGGAUCACUUGGAAAGUUGUAAAACAUUUUCAUUAUCCCGGAUAAAAUUUUUAGUUGUCGAUGAAGCUGAUAGACUUCUCGGUGGACAGUUUGAUGAUCGAAUAAAGACAAUUUUCGCAAGUUUGCCAAAAAGUCGCCAGAAUUUGUUUUUUUCUGCAACCAUAACAGAUACCUUGGAGAGUUUGAAAGAAAUCAGCAACAAAGAAGUUAUUCUCUAUCAGGACCCUUCUCUUGCUGAAGUAGCUACCGUAGAUCAACUAGAACAGUUCUAUGUACUCUGCUCCAAAGAUGUCAAAGAAGCAUAUCUAGUCCAGGUUAUUAGAGAAUACAGGGAGAAAGAUGAGGAUGGGAGUAUUAUCAUUUUUACAGAUACUUGCAAGAGUUGUCAAGUUUUAUCAAUGACUUUAAAUGAAGUUGGUUUCGACAAUGUAGCUCUUCAUUCAAUGUGUCCGCAACAACAACGGCUUGCAGGACUAGCUAAAUUCAAAAGUAAAACUGUAAAAAUUCUAUUUGCAACAGAUGUUGCUAGCAGGGGUCUGGAUAUACCAACGGUAUCGUUGGUAAUAAAUCAUUCAGUUCCAAAAGUUCCUAAAGAAUACAUCCACAGGGUUGGUAGAACUGCAAGGGCAGGAAGGAUAGGAAAGGCCAUCACUCUGUUGACUCCAUCUGAUAUCAAAUUAUUACAAUCAAUCGAAGAGCUGAUUAAAACAACUUUGAAAGAAUUCAAGGUUGAUGAAACUGAAGUAGGAAAGAUAUUCACGCAAAUAUCUGUCACAAAAAGUGAAGCUUUUCUUAAGUUAGAUGAGGGGGACUUUUUCGAAAAGAGUCUGAUAAACAAACGAAAGAAGUGGAUUUUAGAGGGGCUUGAUCCUGACGAAGAAGAGGCUAAACUAUUCAAGAAAUAUAAAAGGAAAAAGAAGAAAAACAAAGUAAUAUCUAAAUAGAAUACAACAAAUAUCAUUGUUAAGUUUGAAUUUAAUAAAAGUUGAAAAUUCACAGA